UUUAUUUAAAAGCGAUGACGUAUUGUAAACAAAACCAAAAGUUAAUGUAAGAAAUUUGAAAAAUACACUGUAACAGAAAUUCCUUUAUUAUGUAUUGGAAAUUUAGUUAUUAAUCUUUCUUUUGGGUUGGUACAUUUCGCUGACCCCUAGCACGUGGACUAACACGAAGGACCUAGACUACGAGUAGUCCCUCUGUCGCUUCGUCCGUCGUGCGUGACGCGAAAGAAAACCGCGAAAAAAAUGGCCGCGCGAAAUCCUGGACAAGGGUAACGAAGGCUCUGGGAACGAGAUUGUAAUAAUAAGGAAAGAAAUCACAGGUAUUCGUGAUGCGCAGAACGUGUGCGCAGUAACAAAAGUAGGCUCCGCAAUGGCGGAAAGCAUACCGAAAGAAACCAUCUCUGAAUUUCUAACAGCUGCACGACGAGGACACGAAGACGAACUCAGAAAACUGCUUAACAAAGCCCCCAACCUUGUGAACUGUUCCAAUGACCAAGGACAAACGGCCUUGAUGCUCGCAAGUACAUUUAAUCAUGUGAAGUGCUGCGAGGUUUUGUUCGAGUCAAAUGUAGAUGUCAACAAACAAGAUUGUGCUGGUAAUACACCUCUGCACUUUGCUCGCGACAUUACUGUAGCUCAAGGACUUGUUGAACGAGGAGCCAGUGUAUCCUGGAAGAAUGUGCUAGGUCGUUGGCCUUUACACGAAGCCUGCGUUUGGGGCGAAAUGCAGGUAUUUGAAGAACUGCUAUCUAAGUUUUGUGGCAGAAUUUCCGAAGUAAAAGAUAAAGAAGGAACAACGCUUCUUCAUUUAGCAACUAUUUCCAAGAUAGAGGAAAGUAGGAUUGACAAAAUCAACUUGCUGCUGUCCCUUGGAGCAGACGUAAAUGAAGUAAACUUAUGUGGAAGGCCAGCGAUUGCCAUGGCGUGCAAGAAUAGUGAUGAACGCGUGGCAAGAUACCUUGUUCAACAUGGGGCAGACCCGAAUCUGUCUGACUUCUUUGGCCAUAAUGCCCUACAUUCCUGCUUCCUGGACUACCCGCUUGCAGUGCUAGACUUCGGUGUCUUUAGGCCGAAAAGCGGUUUACUGAAAUUAUUAGCUCCCUUAAUGGCAGAUGUAAAUGUAACCACUGCUACAGGAAUGACCGCCUUACACCUUGCUGCCCAGAGAGUCAAGGCGGAUGACAUCCGCAUUAUUCUUGAGGUUGGGGCGAAUCCUCUAACUCGUGACAAUCUUGGGAGGACACCUCUCCAUUUCAGCAUGUUCAACCCCUUCCCUGAAGUUUUUCAAGUAAUGUUUGAUUACUGUAAGAAAGGGUCAGAUUCUCUUCCAACUGAUGAUCUUGGAAGAUCUGUACUUCAUUAUGCUGCUGCAUGUGCCUCACCAGAAGUGUUUGAUGCAAGCAUAACAUGCGUAACGGAAUCCUAUCAACUGGCACCUGAGAUAAAUUUGCACGAUGACUAUGGUAGGUCACCACUUAAUUAUUUCUUCAUGCAUGGAAGAAGAGAGGAGGUUGUCCUUGAAAGCCUUCUACAAAAUGGUGCUAAAGUCAAUGACCUUCCAGCACUGAUCAUGGCUACUUACUCAACACAGCUGAAAAAGUCCCCAGAAGAAAAUGGUGAUGUUGAAACGCAACCACAGUCCAGAAAUGAAACUGAUUUGACUUCUUCAGAAAAUUUAUUAUCUAGUUGUCUUCAAAAAAUCAUUGUCACAGAUAGUGAAAGUGUUGAGCCAGCAAAUCUACGACCUAUUGCAGACAACAGAGAAUUUCUUGAACAAGUGGCUUUGCUAACAACUGAAAGCAAAGAUCAUAAAGACAUCAGAGAACAAAUGAAUUUGACUUGUGAAACAUUCAUGACAACCCUGAGUCAAGAGGUUGAGAAGCGAGAUCCUCGUUUCACAAUUGAUGUUAUUCCAAGUGGCAGCAGCUAUGAAAACACGAAAUUAACAACCGGCAAUUCUAUCUCCGAUUUUGAUUACAUGACUAGCCUAACGUCGUUCAACAAAAUAGUGACAGCUGUUGAAUCAGUGGAAUUUCCUAAAGGUUACAUCAUGCUUAAGCUUAUUAAACAUCCUGAGAUCACAACUGAUUUAGAUUUUAAUGAGUUCUUUCAUGAUGGAUAUUUGAUUGGACAAAAGGUUUCCGAACGUCUUUGUCAACUUAUUCUUGAAGUGCUCAACGAUUCCACUGUUUGGAAGGAAAACGCCCAUAUGUAUUUCUUUGGUAAAGAUCCAGUCUGCACCUGGGGUGAUCGAAGCCCAGCAAUCAAGCUCAGGCUCAGAUGGACAGGGGGUACGAGCAUGCCUUCUAAGAGCAUAUCCUGUGAUGUAGUUCCAUCUUUGCACAUUCCUGGGUGGUGGCCUUCAUUUGCUCGUCAGGCAUCAGUUUUAUUGAAACCUAACGUUAAAGCUGGAUGCUAUGUUGUUUUGAAACAGCCCGACGUUCCUUUCUAUGGAGUGGCUAAGUUUGGGAAUCCAGAGUGUUUCUUGAGAGUGUCAUUUUCUCCAGCUGAAUUUGAGAUAUUCAGAAAUACGUCUGAGGAUGUGCGAAAGAGUUUCGUUGUUGCCAAAGCAUUGUCGAAAAGAGUGGUCAAAGUUCCAGGCAAACUAGUUGAUGUGCCCGUGAAAGGAGUAGAAAUUCAGAGUAACAAUUUGAUUUCUACCUACUUGUUAAAGAAUGCUUUGUUUCAUACACUGGAAUGCUUCUUGGAAGAAAGCACUCAAGAUCAAGACCAACUGGAGUACUUGGUUUGUGGGGUUUUCAAAAGGUUGUUUGAGUACACAAAACACAACUACUUUCCAGCCUUCUUUGUACCACAGCAAGAUCUCAUUCACACUCAUAAAACAGACAAUUUCUCAACGAUUGCAAGAUUUGUUGCCUCUCAGGCUCUAUACUACAGUGUAGACAAGAAAGAGCAGAAGCACAGUUUUGAGAAGAUGAAGGUCAUGCUCCCAGCUGAAAAAGGAAAAGUGUAUGAGGAUCUGCACCGUGGUGACAAAAGCAUAAGAUAUUUCCUACAGGGAAAUGAAGGAAACUCCUGAUGCACAUUUCCAGGGUUGCUACGAAUGUUCGCAUUGCAGGAAGAAUGAGUGCAAAACAAAGGAGCUGAAUUUGCAGAUACAGCAUUCAAGUAAGGGAAUGGUCUAUGGUAGAAGUUUCAGACAAUAUCGGCAACUGACUUUAGGAAACCAAGCACCUGGACCAUACAUCUUAUUAUGAAGCCUAGCUUUUGUUAUUUCGUAGUUGGUACAUAAUACCCCUUCUCCAGGACUGUUGCUGUACCUGAACAUUUUCUGAAGUUCCUUAGUGGUGUAUUAUUGUGCUACACAGCUGAAAAGUUCUGUGCAUUUAAGGCUUCCAGGCAUCUCUCUGGAGUAGCUUAAUGCCAACUGCUCUGCAAUAUUGGAAUUUCCAAAGUGCACAUUUUUUAUCCUGAAUCAAAUGUUAAAAUGAGGUUAAAAUUAAAUGAGAGCAGUGAUGAUGACUGCAAGCUAAUUCCUAUUUGAUCUUUCUAAGCAGCUAGUAGAAAUGUACCAAUUUUGUUUGUUACCUGAUUCACUGUUAAGUAAAGAUCUUGAAAUUCAGUGAAUAAUUUCACUGUUUUUUUCCUUCAUAAACAUAAGCAUUGAUCCAUUAAGGGAAACCCUUUUCUUUGCAAACCAGUCUUUCCAAGGGUAAAAAUGUUGCCCAGUUGAAAAAAGUUUCAUAAUUCAAGUUUGAAAUUCUAACUAGGCUGACUUAAGUUAAGUUGAAGUAAAAAAAAAAAUACUAAGUCAACUUUUGUUUGGAAAGUUCCUAUGUGCUCUGAAAUGUUUUGCUUGCUGUUUUUGUUGGGCAGAAAUGCUAUUUAUGGAAAGUGAGCAGGGGAUGAUGAGGGAAAAGGGGCACGGCCAAACUUACAGCCUGCAGUCUGACAAUGAUGUGCAAAUUAGGUUAUGUUAUGGCAUAACAGCUCCCAGUGAAGGAUAUCUGGAAAUGAAUAGUGUGCAUUUACAUUUGUACCUAUAAUCAUGUUUCCAGAGUGUACUCAAAUCAUCACUUUUAUACAUUCCAGGUCUAUGUAAGUGUGAAAAAUAUAUGCCUAAAAACUGAAGUCA